AUGGCCUUGUUGCAAAGUCCUUGGACUAAAAGUUUCCAUGUUCUGGCAGAUUAUCUCAUUGACCAAGGCGUUGAUAUUCAGGGUGGGGCUGGUAGAUUCUCGCCCCUGGAAUAUGUCUGUAUGCAGAGAGAAUUCCAGCCUGAAGUCUUUGGAAAGAUUUUAGACCGUGCAGACUGUACACGUCUAAAUGAGCUCAACUCUUUCGACCAUGUCGCACUCAUUCACAGAAUCGUCGCGGCCUGGGGACCGCAAUCUAAGGCAAAGCGGAAAGAAUUGGUAGAUCAUGGUGCCAACCCAGAUGUUCGUCAGGCAUGCGCCCUUCUAGACUUUGGAGCCGACCCAACAGCAAAGGACGGCUUCGACUUCGAUGCUCUUGGGGAAGCAGUCGGCCAAGGUUGUGUAGGCUUUCUGGAGAAAAGUGGUAGUAAGGCGGUCAUUGAAUUCUUCCUGAGUAGGGGAAUUUUUGGCAUCGACUGUGCUACUCCUUCUUAUGGUGCUACAUGCAUGCAUUUUGCAGCCAUCAGUUCUGACGAUUGCGAUACUCUGCAGAUCCUGGCUGAGCUUGGGGCAUCCAUUGACGUCCCGGAUGUAGACGGAGAUACGCCUUUACACUGGGCUGUGAGUUUUGGAAAACCCUGCAAUGCUGAAGGUCUUUUGAAGCUCGGAUCGUCCCAGUCCAAGAAUUCAAAGGGGCAGACUCCAUUCCACCUGGCAUUGUACAUAAAUAACACGAGGCUUAUUCAGGUCUUUGAGGACCCCAACCGCGAACGCAUUGAGGAAGCCACCGAGGCCGCUAAAAUAAGUGCCUCUUCCGGCAAACUUUUGCUUGAAGAUGCCAUCACGGAGGGCUCACUGGAGAGGUGCCACCUGUUAAUUGACACGCUCAAGCUCUCUCUCUGCUGUCUCCUCAUGCCUUCCCGCGCGACACCUUUGCAACUUGCCGUCACUUGCGGCCAACGAGAUAUUACCGAAUGGCUGCUUCGGAAGGGCGCAUCAGUACUUAAAGACCAAGAUCCACCGGCUCUUCUACGUCUGGCCAUUGAAUCUGUACGAGGCAACCCAGCACUGGCUCUCUUGCUAGAUGCGUAUAUCGAAUCAGGAUACAGCGUGCUAAACCAUCUACAAGGGUUACUUUCAUUUGCAGUCCGCAAAGGAGAUCUAGUGGCCAUGGAAAGCAUCAUCAAUCAUGUCAGAGUCCAUGCUAAAAGAUACGAAUACCUCCUGAGACUUCAUCCCUCUACUGCUCUUGCCGCUCUUCUAAAUGACAGAAGAGGAACCGCGAUUUUGUGGAGUGCAGGUACAUCUUCGGAGAAGCUUAGAUUGCUCCUCAAAUAUGGAGCUUCGACUUCGAAGAAGUUCUACAGUGGAGCCACUGUCUUGCACAGGCUGGCUUUGCCUCUGACAGAAUUUAAGGGCAGCUGUGAAUUAGUCUUCUUCUUAACGGCGACUUUUCAAUUCAAGGACUGGUCAGUAUUCAGCGCUGCAGCAACUAUGGGAGAGCUCGAAGUGGUCAACAAUCUUAUUGAAUGCGGUUAUGAUAUCGACCGAGAAGAUUGCCCCCAAGGCACUGUCCUCAUGGCUGCCUGUGGUGCUGGACAUAUUUCCGUGGUCAAAACGUUGGUUCGUCAUGGAGCAAAGUUGCGCUACAGAGACAAGAAAGGGGAGAAAUCUGGGUUGCAGCUCUCAUUAUCUGGUCAGUAUAGAGAUAUUGUUGACUGGAUUCUAGUUGGCCAGCAUAACGAGCAACUUCGACUGGAACGCAAGCCGGAUACAGACGAGGGACUCGAUAAAGAGCAAGUGUGGACGUGGAGUGGGCCCGUCAAAAAGCUGAUGAUCACCUUUGAUUGCUAUCGUAGGCCGGAUGAGUCAACCAAGGACUACCUGUUCAGAUUGGUGGACAUUAGGAAAUCAAUGAUAGGGCAAGUUCUCUUAGACACACCCAUACGACGGGGAGACCUUGGCUGCUGUUGGACAGGAGACAUCGAAGUUCAGAAUUUUGAUGCUCAUAUUCAGAUGAACCUAAAAGGUUGA